UGUGUUAAUGAGAGCAAAACUACAAAGCAAGUGUAUAUUGAUAAAAUUGAUGAACUCCAACGUAAACUGUUGAUUAUUGAAAAUAAAGCCAAAAAGAAGAAUAUUUCUAAUGAUGAGGAAUACAAGAAUCUCCAAUGCAGCUUGGCAAACGCAAUCAAUAAGAUAAAGCGCCUUGAAAAUGAAAACUCAAGAUUAACUUCCGAUUCUUCUUAUACUGGAGAAUCAGAAAUGAUUAUCAAAGCUUUUCAUGAUCUAAAAUAUGCUUUGCAAUUAGAUGAUCGAGCAAGCCCGCAAGAAGUUGUUAAGUAUAUUGUCUCUGCAUUGAAUAACCAAAAGGAUUCUACAGAUUUUAUAAUGAAUGAUAAUGAAUCUGUUUCAAGGUGUUCAAGUUUUACAUCUGCGCCUGUAUCAUAUGAAAAAUACUGCGGAAAUGCAUUACAAGAAGAAAUAGAUGCGCUUCAAAGAGAGGUUAUUAAUCUCAAUGGAGAAGUUAUUAAAUACUCUAAGUAA